AUGGAUUCUUCGUCAAUUGUUAGUUUUAAUAAUGAUUCAACAUUCCAAAGUACUCUUAAGGGUGAUAUUAGCGUUCACGAGUUAGCUUUGCACGCUAUGAGAGAUCGAUGUUUACUUCUUCAAAGAAGGAUCAAUAGUUUAGAAACCGACAAUAUGCGUUUGAAACUUGAUGUUGUGAAAGCCACUGAAUCUUCACCAUACAUUCCAAUUAAAGAAGAUGAAAAGUUUGUUUUGCAGCAGAAAAUAGCAGAGCUUAAUAAACAAAAAUCGAAGCUCAUGCACCAUGUAUUUAUGGUCCAAUGUGAGAAUAAAAAUCUAUGGAAUAAAAUAGCUGCUCUAAAGGGGCCGGAUAAAUUAACCAGCAAAGAGUAUAAUAAACAGCCAUUAUUACGCACAAACACAUACAUUCAUAGUACUCCUAAAGGAAGUGCAGCUUACCAAGAAAAAUAUUCUGAGUCUAGUUUAGAAGAAAUUUCACUUAAAUUGAUAAAUAGCUACAUACAAGAGAAGUCACAGCUAGUGGAGCAAUAUGAGCAAAUGGCACAGCUUCAGGACAUUGAUGAUGACAUGUUAAAUUUAGAUUCUAUUGGCUUCACUUAUAUGGAAGAUCCAGCGACAGAUUCUUUAAAAGAAAUCAGAUGUCAAACAGAAAAGCUUAAUAAUUUAAAAAAGGAAUUAGCACAGCAAGAAAGUGAUUUAAAGUUGAUUAUCUCUAGAGUUGAGUCAAUAAUGCAAGGAGGAUAUAAAUGCCCUACAUGUGUUGCAAACAAUGCCAAAAUUGUCACAUCAGAACAUAAAGAGAUAGAAACUAGUGAUAGUUUAGCAAAUUGGGCAACACCAGUCGAUUCUAGUACAUACAAUAAUAACUUUAGUGAACUGAAUACAUCUGCAUUUAAGAAAAGUAUUUUAGAGGAAAGCGAGAAGGAAGUUACAGAUGAACCAUGUGAUAAAAUAUGUCCUAUGUGUGGACAAACAUUUGUAAAAGAAGUAUCUUUUUCUGAGUUUCAGGCACAUGUUGAAAGUCAUUUCUUGGGUGACACUGAGUUGGACUCACUUACAGAUAAUUUUGAUAACAUACCCAACUCUUUUGAAAACAAUAUUUAA